GUCCCGCCGGAGGGGUUCCGGGCCAAGUAUGGCGGAGUCGGAGGUGAUGCUCCGGCGGGUUCCGAGCCGCUCGUCCUGGCAGCGGGUCCGCAAAGCCCGGCCCCACCUCCUCCUCAGCCGUCGGGGCCGUCGCCGGUUUGGGGUCCUGACCCGGGGCGAGCUGCGACGCCUGCGACGGCGGCUGCUGCGGGCACACGCGCUGGGCGGGGAAUGGAAGCUGGGUGUCCCCGCCGGCGCGCACGUGGCGGUAAAGUGCAAAAUCCGGGCCCGCAGCCGGCCGGCGCCCCGCAGCCAGCCCACGCCGAGCGGCCCGCCCGCGCCCUGCACCCAGCUCGGGCCCUGCAGCCUGCUCAAUCCCCGGAACCACUCCACGUCCCAGAGUUGGUCCGAGCGCCCUGUCGAAAGGGUGUCGGCGAACAUCUCCCAGCCCGUACGGGACCUAGGCUCGGGCCGCGUGCUGCUGAUCCUGCCGCCCGGAGAGGGUUUCACUUUCAGUGGGAUCUGCCGUGUGACUUGCAUCUAUGGCCAGUUGGAAGUAUACGGCCAUAUCAUCAAACAAGGCGAGCCUCCUCAAGAUGUCUUUUCUGUCUACACCCACUCCUACCUGACCAUCAAUGUGGUUCCAUACUCAGAACCUGAGAAAAGUGAAAGGGGGAUCCGAAGGGAGAUCCGGGCUCUGCUCAAGCCUUACAUGAAACUCGAUGACAGAAACUGGGUAGUACGGUAUUUCCCUCCUCUGGGCUCUAUUCUGAUUCUGGAACGGAUGCAGAGUCGUUUCGUGGACUUCCUGAAGACCUAUAAGUGUUCCUCAUACGUGUUCCUGCAGGAGAACAUUCCUGCUCGGGUUAAUUCUGAGUUUGUAGCUUUGAGGAAAAUUGGCCUCAGAAGGCAGAGGAGGAAGCAAGGCAUCUGCUUGAGUGAGAGCGGACUCUGUGCCCUGGAGGAGUUGGUCAGCGUGUCCUGUGAUGGCUGCCCUGUCAUCCUGUUGUGUGGCGCUUGUGACAUUGGAAAAUCAACGUUCAAUAGAAUACUGAUUAACCAGUUAUUAAAUAGCAUUCCCGCGGUUGACUAUCUGGAAUGUGACCUGGGGCAGACAGAGUUCACGCCUCCUGGCUGUAUUUCUUUACUUAACAUCACAGAACCACUUCUGGGACCACCUUACACCCACCAGAGGAAGCCACAGAAGAUGGUGUAUUUGGGGAAGAUGAACUGUCACAAUGACUAUGAGAAUUACAUUGAGACAGUAAAGUACGUGUUCAGAGAUUACAAGAGAGAAUUUCCACUUGUCAUCAACACGAUGGGUUGGGUGUCAGAUGACGGGCUGCUGCUGCUUGUUGACCUGAUCCGAGUGCUGUCUCCCAACUACGUUGUUCAGCUGUCUUCUGAUCGGGAUAAGUUAAUGCCGGUUCUCACCUCCGAGUUCGUAGAGCUCACAGAUGGCCUGUAUACAAAAAGCAAGGUCAGAAGAUACCGAGGUUUUGAAAUUCCAGAAUUUGGAGACAAUUUGGAGUUUACUGAUGAAGAGAAAGAGUCUAGUCCACUUCCAGUCUUCACUGGACAUACAGUGCUGUCUGUUCACUCCGAAUUCUUAAGUAGUAAAAAUGAAAAAAACAGGGCCAAAUACAACAGGAUUUUUCGAGAUCUGGCAGUGUUGGGCUACCUGAGCCAGCUGAUGCCUCCAGUGCCAGAGCCACUUAGGCCUUUGCACAGCCUGACACCCUAUCAGGUGCCCUUCAGUGCUGUCGCUAUCCGGGUCAUGCACGCUGACGUUGCUCCUACCCACAUCCUGUACGCUGUGAAUGCCAGCUGGGUUGGCCUUUGCAGGAUCGUGGAUGAUAUGAAAGGCUACACUCGGGGCCCCAUCCUGCUUGCCCAGAACCCCAUAUGUGACUGUUUGGGCUUUGGAAUCUGCAGAGGCAUUGACAUGGACAAGCGACUCUACCACAUCCUCACCCCUCUGCCUCCAGAGGAGUUAAAAACUGUCAACUGUCUGCUGGUUGGUUCCAUUUCCAUUCCACAUUGUGUUUUCAAGAACCAGCCUGGGCCCGAAGGGACAGUUCCUUAUGUUACCACAGAGUAUAAUUUAAGUCUUCCUGGAGCAUCAGAGAAAAUCGGAGACAGAGUGUAUGGAAAUGCAGUCCCUAGACACAAAUUACGGCAAAGAAAAAAAUGAAGCCUGGGCAUGGAGAAAGACUUCUUUCUGGAUGCCUUGUCCCCAAGACUGAGUGGGCUGUGGCUGCCGAGCUGCUCACGCCCAGUAUUCAUGGACCUGGAGAACAGGCUGUGGUAAGAGGCGUUCAAGCCCCUCCGGUUGGUUUCUUCCCGCUAAGACAGGGAGGGCCUCGGAUAGCUCAGACUGGCUCAAACUCUGGGUCCUCCUGUCUCCACUGUCCAAUGGCUGCAUUUCAGGCCUGUGUUGCGACACCAGCUCUCAGGCUUUUAAGCUGUUUGGUCUCAAACUUGGCCCCAGACCUCUUGACAGCUGGUUGUCCUGGGUAUGGAGUGUCUCCUGAAGCGCUGGUGGAGGAAGCUAUGGUGUCCUCAGAACAGGAAGAGGAUGGUCUUUCAGUUCUCCAAGAAAGUCAGGGCCACAAAAGUAUGCCUAGAAACCAGGCAGCAGGGUGACCCACAGGUUCUCUGGUACAGCACAUGGACUGCCUGGGCCCUGAGCAGGCUCAGUGGACCUGAGUGAGAUGCUUACCUGAACCAUGUGGAGCUUAGCAACCAGGUGUGGCAGACAACUCAUUGGCCUGAUCCUUGGAUGCCAUGGAAUCUCCCAGUGCUGUAAUCAAGUGUUAGAUGAUUGCAUUUCAUCUGCUGAUUUCUGGGUCUUUUUAAUCAUGAAGCUUUAUGUUGAAAAACUUGUUCCGACAUCCAGAAAGCCUCCAAGUGAAGUAAGGAAAUCCAUGGUUCCUUAAAUCCGGGUAUGCUCUGACUGACUCUGACCUGGAGGCUGUAGACGCUGCCAUGGGGCCCACCAGCCUCGGAUGGACACGUGUGCCGAGCUUGGCAAACUUCUGCUAUCGACGAACGAUUUCUUGUAAGGACCCAGAGGCCACUGCAGGUGGACGUUGUCAUCGGGGUGACUAGGUCAGGUCAUUGUGAUUGCAAAACAGGACAGGGGUUUCUCACUGGCAUCACGGAUCUGUCAAGACUCUGCUUUCCAGCAGGACCAUGAGAGACCAGGGCUGUGGGAGGCGUCCACCAUUGAUUGUCUCCAUCUUGUUUGUAACCAUGGGAAUGUACCCAGUCUGUCUCCUUUGCUGGACUUUGUGACAGCCUCAGUGUCUGAAAAUCCUAUUAGGGAGGCAGAGCUGUGCUUCCCUCUUAGUCAGAAUCCUGUAGAGCACUGGCCUCACUACCUAGUCCUGCCUUCCCCCACCCCAUCUGUGUCUCACUUGAGCUUGUGGUGAGCCUCUCUGGAGGGGAGGGGGCUCACCCUGCUGCCCAGGCAGGUCUCUGGGCCCCCUAGAUUCUCCUGCCUCUGCUUCCUGAGUGCUCAGAUCAGUUAUGCGCCAUCUUAGCCUUGCAGAGUUUUAAGACAGUCUUUGCCACCAUUGUCCCAUUCCCCAGAUCUUCCUGUCUUCACAAUAUUAAAGAUCUUGAACAUA